GCCCCUGUCUCCCCGGUCUCUUGAGGAGCCCGGGAAGGAGGCUGGGCUCGCGCUGCCGGGGCAGGGGCUUGCCGGGAGCCGGCUGCGGCAAUCGUUAGCGGGCCAUGUCGGCUGCCCAGGGCUGGGAUCGGAACCGCCGGCGGGGAGGAGGCGCGGCCGGCGGGGCCGGCGGGGGGAGCGGGGCCGGCGCGGCCGGCGGGGCGCGGGGCAGCGGCCAGCUCAACCGCUUCGUGCAGCUCUCCGGACGGCCGCACCUGCCAGGUAAGAAGAAAAUACGAUGGGACCCAGUUAGGAGGCGCUUCAUUCAGUCCUGUCCCAUCAUAAGGAUCCCUAACAGGUUCUUGAGAGGCCACAGACCUCCCCCAGCUCGCAGCGGACACCGGUGUGUGGCAGACAGCACCAAUCUCUAUGUGUUUGGAGGGUACAACCCAGACUAUGAUGAGUCGGGCGGGCCGGACAAUGAAGACUACCCUCUCUUCAGGGAGCUUUGGAGGUAUCACUUCGCCACAGGAGUGUGGCACCAGAUGGGCACAGACGGCUACAUGCCCCGGGAGCUGGCGUCCAUGUCGCUUGUGCUGCACGGGAACAACCUGUUAGUGUUUGGCGGUACGGGCAUCCCGUUUGGCGAGAGCAACGGCAACGACGUCCAUGUGUGUAAUGUCAAGUAUAAGAGAUGGGCGUUGCUCAGCUGCCGAGGGAAGAGGCCCAGUCGUAUAUAUGGACAGGCCAUGGCCCUCAUCAACGGCGCCCUGUAUGUCUUCGGGGGUACAACUGGCUACAUCUACAGCACAGACCUCCACAGGCUGGACCUCAGCACCAUGGUGUGGACACAGCUCAGACCCAACAACCUGUCCUGCGACCUGCCAGAGGAGAGGUACAGACAUGAAAUUGCUCACGAUGGGCAGAGGAUUUACAUCUUGGGAGGAGGUACUUCCUGGACAGCCUAUUCCUUAAACAAGAUACAUGCAUACAACCUUGAAACAAAUGCAUGGGAGGAGAUCGCAACAAAACCUCAUGAAAAAAUAGGUUUUCCUGCGGCCCGAAGAUGUCACAGUUGUGUUCAAAUAAAAAAUGAUGUCUUCAUUUGUGGGGGCUACAAUGGAGAAGUGAUCCUGGGAGACAUCUGGAAGCUGAACCUGCAGACGUUUCAGUGGGUGAAGCUCCCUGCCACCAUGCCGGAGCCCGUCUACUUCCACUGCGCAGCCGUCACGCCUGCCGGCUGCAUGUACAUCCAUGGGGGCGUGGUGAACAUCCACGAGAACAAGCGGACGGGGUCGCUGUUUAAGAUCUGGCUGGUGGUGCCCAGCCUGCUGGAGCUGGCCUGGGAGAGGCUGCUCGCGGCCUUCCCCAGCCUGGCAAACCUCUCCCGAACACAGCUUCUGCACCUCGGACUCACACAGGAGCUGAUCGAGCGCCUGAAGUGAGGCCUUCCGGACUGCGCUGAAACUGGAAAUGUUAAUUUAAAGAGACUCCUUAUUUAUGGGCAGUGCAGAGUGUACCACCAGGAGGACUGGUGACCCUGACCAGGGCCUUAUUCCGAAAAUACAUCCGAUGCCUUUCUGGGAGUGGCUUUACGUUGAUGGACACCUCUCUGGCGUGCUUUCUUCCCUGCUCUCUCCGUCCUGCCCCAUAAUGCACCCACACUUACGCACCCCUCUCUCCCGAUGAGUUGAGGGGACAUCGGAAAGUACCUUAAUAAUGGCUAGGAAUCAAGAGAGAGAAAUCGAUGCUUUUUUUUUUUUUUAAAAGAAAUUCUGAAUAUAUUGCCCAUGUCUAGCUAGCACUACAGAUUAAAGCGUCAUCAACCAGCACAGCUUAGAAAGCAGCAGCGGUAGCAGGGAGUCUGGGAACUGGAGUGAGGAGGAUGGUAACCUCAUGGUCUUGCAGGGCGGUGUUGCAUCUGGACGCGGAGUUAGUGUUUCUUAGCUGUGUCUGAGUGGCUGGACUCACAACAGAGGUUGAUGACAUGGUGGAAACAGAACUGACCUUGGGGAGAGCAGGCAGUUCAGCAAGCUUUGAUUAUUGCGCCCCUCAGCCUUUUGAUGCUCCCAAGGUUAGCGUUGGCCCACCAAGACUGAGCAUGUCUGUCACCUCGCCCUCUGCUGUCAUCUUUCAAGCUAAAUGUAUGGUGUCACAUUCUUUCCAGGCAGUCUUGAACUUCCCUUGCGCUUCUUAACGGCUUUAAAUAUGUCUUUGACCUGUUGAUAGGGAUUUGUAGAUUUUAAGUGUGGUGUGAGUGUCAGGGCAGUAGAAUAGAACACCCGCCUCCUUCAGCCCUGCUUGUGUUCGCUUCUGCUUGGGGUCAUGGGCUAUCUCGUAGCAGCUCUUAGACGUGUUCCUUUCCUGUCUUUGGACCACGCUCUUGUGUUUUCCUGAGCAUCCAGUUCUCUGUUCCCUCCUGAGCUUGUUGCCUCCUCUCACGUCUGCUUCAGUGUCCACGAUGCUCUAAUUGCCUGGUAACUGGGUAGAAGGUCUUAGGCAAAAGGCUUAUCCUUCCUCAAGAAGCAAGUGCCACUGGAAAAACCAGCAGGGGAAGGAGUGAAACUGAGCAGCAUUUGCUUUUUUUGAUGAAAGAUUUAGUUUUAGUUUGUUUUGUUAAUUCUAGAAAGAAAAGUCACCAAAGUUUUCACUUGUUUUGUCCUCAGGCUGCUAGAAGCGUUGAGGGAGUUACUUGUGGAAGCUGUGGGCAUCCAUAGGUGUAGCCAGGAUGCCAGAGGCCUGCGGGAGGAUGCAGCAGCCCUGCCUUCGCUAGGCCCGCAGAGGGGGCUUGCAGGAGAUUUCCAACACAUUUUUCCUUUAAGUGCCUCUCUUUCACCUAGCUUUAACAUUAUUAUUUUCCUUUAGUCCGGGGGAGACGUCUCCGGUUUGUGUGGGCGUGAAGUCACUCUGAGUUGUACUUCGGAGGCCCUGUGCAGUGUUCAGCUCUAGGCGGGCUCUUGGCGAGUGCCCCCGGCAGGCCUCGUGCCCCCUCCGUGUGGGUUAAGUUAGUGGAGCCUUUGCUUUGCGGCCCUGAAGGAGGCAGGCACAUCUGUGAGUCUGCGUCAUCUGAGGAGUGAGGAGAUGGGUGCUCCUAGCGGUCCCUCCCCAGAUCUCGCCUCUCCCUGCUGGUGCGGCUUUGCUCCUGCCACCCCCGCUAGGCCUCUCUCUCCAGGCUGCCUGAGCCACACUGUGAGCUCAGACAGUGACUACCUGGCCUCUGGACACUGGUGGAAACGCCUCCCAACUGAGUAAGCUAUGUUUUCCAGGGUGACGGGAUUUUUGUCAUUGGUUUAUGUAGGGACCAAAGACGGAAUUGAUGUUCAGCCCGUGUGCUUUGACUCCCAUGGUCCUUGGAAUACACAAAGGCCUCUCUGGUUACACCGGAAAGCUGGAGAGAGGGGUCCGAGUGAUGCAAGCCAAACCUGCCAUCACCCUCUUGAGCCUUUGGAAGGUAGUUUUCUUUGAGAUCGAUGUUGGAGGCCUGUCAUCAACCACCUUCUGUAUCUUUCAAAUACAUGUGUGGUCUAAAGUGUCUUUGAAUAGAACACUAGUAAAAGUGGUGCCGGGAGAAGCCUGCGUGCCCCAACUGCCCACACGCACAGGUUCUGGAUGCCAAAUGACUGUAGAGCAGGACUUAGAGGAAGGUGCCUGGGUUUUUCUCUUACCGGUCACCAGCUUUUGUGGUGUCUCUGUAACCAGCACUUGGAUUCCCGGUGGCAUCACCUCAUGUGUGGAAGGUUCUGCUGCCUGCUGCUCCUCUGCGUCUUGAGGUGCUCCUGGCCACUUUCCCGAAGUCCUGAAAGGGAAGUGCAAUAUGUAGACAGAGCUGUGCAGAGUGGGUGGAAGCGCGGCUGAAAAGCGGCCUCACUGCUUUUUCCACCUGUCUUGGGCGGCUCAGCUUAUUACUUUAGAGUGAAACUAUGCCAAGAAUUUCCAUAAGCCAACUUCUUGGUAGAGCUGGAGUUUUUUUCAAGUCCAUGUUUUCUUCUUCUGGUUCAUAAAAAGUUACUUUCCUCAGUUUGUGAGAGUAGAAACCCCCAUUCCUGUUUGCACUGUCUCCUGUUUGCAUGCCUUGCCCCGGAACAAGGAUGUCCGCUUGAAAGUGUUGCCCAAGUAGAGAAUUAAAACAUAGUAACUCAGUUUUUCCACAUACACACCGAUUUAUCUGGGAAUGUGGUACCUUAUUAAAUGAUGGCUUUUUCACUCUAAGGUGUUUUCCACUGCACGGGAAAUUGUGAAGCAAUAUAUAAUAGACUGAAACUUGCUCUUCGGGGCAAACAAAAUCUUUUCUUUCCACUGGCAGAAAUCCUCUUUCAGGGCCUAAGGACUUGAUAUAAAAGCUUGCUUUAUGGCAUUCCUGUCCCGCACAGAGCUAGAUUUAAAAAUUAUAUCUAUAAAGAAAAUAUUAACAUUUCUAGAUUGGAAGUAUGACAGUGACCUUUGGUUGUUCACAGUAGCAAGAUGAAAGCACAGACAAUUGAAAUCGUAGAUAAUCAGUAUUUCAACUUUUCUGUUAAACAGUUGAUUUUUCUCUUUCUAGUCCUUUCCCGCAAACACCUCCUUUUCAAGGGACUAGUAAUUAGGAAGGGAAAAAAGCCCACAGAGGGCUGGCAGGCCGCCACCAGGCCAGGGCCCUGGUUAGCCUUGAGGUGCUGGGCUCUGACAUCGGACACAGGUGGAACCCUGCGGGAGAUGGCGCCCUGAGUGCAGCCUGCUGCUGAGUUCUCUGCUGCCUCCUGGCCAGAAAGAGCUCUUCGUUCCUGUGGGAAGAACAGGCCGUGGCUUACAGGAGCAGAAAUCCCACCGUUUGAACACAUUUUGUAGCCCUUGACUUUGGCGUCACCUGCAGUCUGGCCUCCUGGUGUGCAAAAAGGUGCCACUACUCUCUUGGACUGUGCUGGAUUCUGUCUCCCGUAAAAGCAGUUUGGUUUUCUGUGGUCCUAGUGAUGCUCAGAGCGGCCCCUCCCACCAGCUCUCUGAGGUAGCCCAGAAAACCAUUUUCCCUUUUGUUUUUCUGGUUUCCUGUUGUUGAGCUUCGGGGUGAAUGAGGGUGUGUUGUUACAGCCGCCAUACGUUUCAAGAGCUAGUUACCCCAGCUGUAAGUCCCAUCAGUCCCCAGGGACCUUAGGACUCUGAAAGUGUUGGCAUGGCCUGAAGGAGGUGCGUGGGGUUCUGAAGCCCCCAUGUGUUGUCACACUUCCACACUUGUGAAAUUUGAAAGAAAAUGCUAUCUCCCUUGUCUGGUGUGGACAGGAGCUCUGAGCCGCGCUUUGACGGCAUCUUCUUGGUGUCUUUCCAUGUUGUGGAUUUCCUAACUUUGGGAAGUUUUCUCAAGGCCCCACUUCGCCUGCACAGGGGGAGUCAGGGUGUGCAGAGGAGAGGCCGAUUUCACUGAGUAGUAAUUGCUGUUGUGUAGUGACAGUCAGGAACAGGAAGGAGGCAGCAGGAAGCUCGCUGGCGGGUGGCGCCUGCACCGGAGCGUGCCAGUGUCUCCCUGCGGAGAGCAAGGAACAGGCAGGAAAGGAUGGCUCCUCUCUGGGCCCCUGCAGCUCUUCCUGCGGGUGUGCGAGGCCACACACAGUGCUUGCCUUACUUUAAAGCUAUUUGCCACAGUCCUGUGACGUAGUGUGGGUGUCCUGCAGUCUGUGUGCAUGCCAUGUGGUCCGGACAGCUUUCCCACCUCCCCUGGUUCCCUACGAGCAAGUGACUCUGCCCUGAGAUGUCCAAUCUGUACUUAUGUACCUUGUCAGUGUUCGCUGUUGGUUUUCUAAAACAAUCUGAUGAAUAAAUCUCUAAAUCACUCGG